UGGAUGUGAUCAGAGCUUGGAAAGUGCCCGGGAGCUCCAGUCCUGCUGCUGCCCCAGCGUCCUGCUCCUCAGCUCGGAUAUCUCAUCUGACCCAGCCGGGGAAGGCAACUGCCUGCAGAUGAGUGGGCACCAUGCUGACCUCCGGGCUCCCUCCCUUGCCCCGGACCAUGACGGUACUCCUGCUGCUGGGAGCAGCCACCUUGUGCACAGGUCUCCAGUGCGUAUGCCUGAUGUGUGAUAGAACCAACUACACCUGCCACACAGAAGGAGCCUGCUUGACGUCGGUCAUGCUUACACAUGGCAAAGAAGAAUUCAUCAAGUCCUGCAUUUCUCUCCUUGAGUUGAAAGCUCAGGUUUACUGUCACAGCUCGAACAACGUCACCAGGACAGAGUGCUGCCUGUCCGAUUUCUGUAACAAUAAAACACUCCAUUUACCUGCUGCAGUCUCUACAAGCCCAUCCCAUUUCAGCCACGUGGAACUGUGGAUAUUGGUCACCAUUCCGGUAUGCGUCCUGGCUAUAGCCAUUAUGCUAACAGUCUACACCUGUCAGAGGCGAUACGGUGCCUACAAGAGAACCCGGCGGCAAUGCAUUGAAGAGCCCUUAACAGAUUGUAACUUAGACACAGAUGGGAAAUUCUUGAAAGAUCUCAUACACGACAUGUCAACAUCAGGAUCUGGAUCUGGUUUACCUUUGCUUGUCCAGAGAACCAUCGCAAGGACAGUUAUUAUUCAGGAAGUGGUUGGCAAAGGACGGUUUGGAGAGGUUUGGAGGGGAAAAUGGUGCGGAGAAGAUGUCGCUGUAAAGAUUUUCUCUUCACGAGAUGAAAGAUCAUGGUUCCGUGAAGCAGAAAUUUAUCAAACCGUGAUGCUGAGACAUGAAAAUAUCCUUGGAUUUAUAGCUGCUGACAACAAAGAUAAUGGCACAUGGACCCAGCUCUGGCUUGUGUCUGAAUAUCAUGAACAGGGCUCACUAUAUGAUUACCUGAAUCGAAACACAGUAACUAUUGGGGGAAUGAUGAAAUUAGCAUUUUCUGCAGUCAGCGGUCUUGCUCAUCUUCAUAUGGAAAUAGUAGGGACUCGAGGUAAACCCGCUAUUGCACACAGGGAUCUCAAAUCCAAAAAUAUUCUGGUGAAAAAGAAUGAGACGUGCGCCAUCGCUGACUUAGGACUGGCGGUAAAACAUGAUUCAAUUACAAACACGAUAGACAUCCCCCAAAAUCCAAGAGUGGGGACCAAAAGGUACAUGGCUCCGGAAUUACUUGAUGAUUCAAUAAACAUGCACCACUUUGAGUCAUUCAAAUGCGCAGACAUCUACUCUCUGGGCUUAGUAUACUGGGAAAUAGCCCGGAGAUGUUCUGUGGGAGGUGUUGUGGAUGAAUACCAGUUGCCUUACUACGAUAUGGUGCCUUCUGAUCCUUCAUUGGAAGAUAUGAGAAAAGUUGUUUGUGACCAAAAAUUACGACCCAACGUACCUAACCAAUGGCAAAGCUUUGAGGCUCUCCGAGUCAUGGGCAGGAUCAUGAGAGAGUGUUGGUAUGCCAACGGCAAGGCUCGCCUAACUGCGCUGAGGAUCAAGAAGACGCUCUCUCAGUUGUGCGUGGAGGAAGAUUUCAAGAUGUAACAUGGAGACCCCGACAAUCACGAGUCAUGGGGGGGGGGGGGGGGUGCGUUUGUAGUUGUGUUUGCUCUACCUCAAAAGUAACAAGUGCCAGACUGCAGAACCAAGGACACGUGGACUGGUUCGUAGUGGUUCGGAGCUGACUUACUGGUCUUUCUGAUGAGGUCCGUUGUCUAAAAACUGAGAAACAUAACCAUUAAAAGCAGGGCCUGCGUUAGCACCUGGGAAGAUGCCCACAAGGUCUGUGGCAAACUCAUGCUUUAUCCUUUGUCCAGCCCAGGGUAAGAGUAGCCAAGGGUCCCACCAUGACUUGGCGGCCCAUGGCUCAUCUGCACCUGGUGCCGGCCCAGACUUAAAGGCCAUACAGAAGUCAGCGCAUGCUUGCUGAGAUAUAUGUACAUAUACAAUGAGAAAUAGCAACAGCAUAAGCUUAUAAACAGGUAAAAUAUACAUAUAUUUUUUUUAGUGAAGAUUUUAAAUGUCCAGGUCAGACGUGCGCGGUGUGUAGAUAGUGAGACGCGGAGAUAUUUAAGAAGAUAUGAUGUUGAGUCAAUAUUUGUUUUUGACUGUAUUUUGUCUAAGGGAAGAGCUUUUGCUCACGUUAGUUUUUUUUCGUGUUAUAUUGCAAAUGGAGGUAUCAAACAAUAUAUAUACAUUUAUAUGCAGGAUAAAUCCAGACAUUCCAUAAUAGCGCUGGUUGCAGACCGCUAUUAAACUAACCAUGAGAAAGGCCACCACCACAGUUCUUAAAGGGGAGGUCUCAGAUUAGAGAAAAAGAGUUUGAUUUACUUUCAAGAACCACGGGGUGCGCUUGGGUGCAGCUCAGUUUUAUUCAUUUAAGGGCUCAUGCACAUGGAGGCAGCCUUUUUCACGGCCUGCAAAUCACAGACACCGGCCAUGUUUGUUCUGCAUUUUUCAGAACAGAACGUCCUGCCCUCUGUAGAACUGUCCUAUCCUUGUCGGUAAAAUGGCCAAGAAUAGAUAGAACAUGUUCUAUUUGUAAGGGGGGCCGCGGAAUGGACAUACGCAUGCAGAAAGCACACGGUGCGCUGUCCACAUCUUUUGCGGCCCCAUUGAAUGAAUGGGUCCACACCCAUUCCCACCCAAAAAUGCAGACAUUGUGUGCAUGAGCCCUUAAUGGGGAUGAGAUCCAAUGCAAGACACAUCCUAUGGACAGCAGUGGGGCUGUUUCUGGAGAAAAAAAAGUAUAAGACUUUUUUUUUCCUUUUUAAUCUUAUACAACCAUUCACCACUUCCCAGCUUGAGACAAGCGUCUUUCCCUAAGGCUAGAAUCACAUAUACAGUUUUUGUGGCAUUUUUUUAUAUUUUUUUUUGUAAAUGUAGCCAAAGCCACAGGUGGAAGAAGUAUAAGCUCUGCCUUUAUAGUUCCCAUGUCUUUUGAAUCCACUCCUGACAUGGGCUGAAAAACCGCAUCAGAACCUGCAGGUGUGAUUCCAGCCUGAUGGGGAACAUGGAGAAAUGGUGGGUGUUAGGCUACGUGCACACGAACGUUGUUUGUUUCCGUGUCCGUUCCGUUUUUAUUUUUUGCGGAUAGGAUGCGCACCCAUUUAUUUCAAUGGGUCCG